UCUCUGCCUCAACCCUCUCAUGGACAAGGAGAACAUAGCUCCCAGCCAUACAUCAGCCGCAGUUGGCUGCUUCACAUCCUCCAAGGGAAAGAAGCACAUUACAGCCAAAUCACAACAGAGCAAUAUAGCACUGAAACCCUCUUCUCUGCAGCUCUUCUUUCGGCUCAAUGAGACUGAGACUGAUUCUUCUCUGGAAUCAUCCACGCCUUGGGAACCCCUGCCAUCUUCUUCAGAUGUCUGGGAUUUCUCGGACAAAGAUGCUGCUCCAGCUUCUUCAUGGUCUACUCUUCCUAACAGAUCUCUGCUCCUGAGGCCUCUGCCUCUGGAUGUGGGAAGGUGUUCUUGCAUUAUAUCUAAGGAGUCCAUGGAUGGGAUCUCAUGCUAUGUUCUUUAUACUAAUGAAGGGCAGGGGAGGCAAGACCGAAAACUAGCUAUUGCUCGCCAUAUAAGGAAAAGAAGUGGCAGGUCUGAGUUCAUUAUAGCACAAAACUCCAAAGGAAUAUUUUACAGUUCAGACGAAAGCUUUUUGGGAACCAUAACUUCAAAUCUGAUGGGAUCGAAGUACCAAAUAUGGCACCAGGGAAGGAAGCUUGAUUCCAUGAAAUCUCAAUCUUAUCUUAUGGGCGUUGCUGAGUUCGUACCCACCAUCACCACACUUGCAGGCAAUUUCAGAAGAAUGAGAGUGUACAUACCCAAACAAAAUCCAAUACAAACUAAAACCACAAACAAAACAACACAGAUUCAAGAAAUCAUUGGUCUUCCUAAAUACUGGGAAGAGAAGAAAAACAUAGCUGACCAACUAUUCUCCAGGGUGCCAUACUAUAACAAUAUAACUAAGAGAUAUGAACUAGACUUCAGACAGGGAGCUGGAAAAACAGGUUCUCAGAUUCAAACAUCAGCUAAGAACUUUCAGCUGACGAUGGAGCACGGAAGGCAGACAAUUCUGCAACUAGGGAGAGUUGAAAAAUCUAACUAUAUGAUGGAUUACAGAUAUCCCUUAACAGGUUAUCAAGCCUUCUGCAUAUGUUUGGCAUUAAUAGACUCGAAGCUAUGUUGUUCGGUUUAAAUUUCCUUUGAUAUGUAUGUUUAUAUUAGGUAUGGUCAUAUAUGAAUUGUAAUAAGGAUUACAAGAUAUUACAAGUUAUUGUCUUUCAAAUUAUUCU